AUUUAGGAUAAAAAAAAGUGUCAAAUGAUCAGGAAAAAAAAUCAGAAAAGCGUAUCACCUGAGCAUUUACCUUCCGUAAUUUAUUAGAAAACUGAUAUGUGCAUUUUGUCAUUUGUCCGGCAGAUCGAUUCUUUGGAAUUCAGUCAACUGUGUAACGCUGUUUGUGGCUGUAUUUAUAGUUGAUUUCGUACAAGGUGAGGACAAGAGAAAAUAAUAGAACAUAUUUUCUCUUGGUGAUAACUAAUACCUAUUGGAAUACGAAAUAGAACGAAUCAGUAAUUUCUUUGAUGAUGGUCUGCUGAUCUCAUGUUAAAGUCACAGUUAUAUCAUCAUGCUUAGCGGAAUGUCUGCUCCAAAACUUUAUAAAACUCAAGUUUAGGUCAUAUUUCCCAAGCCAACAGUGAGGUCCUGCGUCAAACAUCAUCAAGAAAAAAAACAACAACAAUGCUGGUGAGGAAAGUGUAUCCAGCCAUGUCGUUAAUCUCGAAUGUAAAGCGCAGUGAAAAAUUAGAUUAUGGGCUUAGUCAGUUGCAUGACUGGCAAAAUUUAAGCUUCAUAGUCACCUUCUAAAUGACAUUGGGAUAUUUGGUAACGUUUACGUCUUGUCGUUCUGAACUCUCUGCGUCCCAUAAAGUUUGUACCACAACUCCGCGUCGAUUUAAGUGUGUCAUUGAAAUUGGGUUACACCGCUGGAUUUUGUAGCCCGGUGACGGAAUAAGCUUUAGAUAGAUAAUUUCUUUAAAAUGUCGAUCAAUCGAUUUCAGGAGAACUUAAAACUAUUUUCUCGCAAAUCUGCGCAAACCAAAAUAAAAUCUUUUGAUUUUCAGGCGAUUGUGGAGGAUUUGAUUUUGAAAAUGGGGUUGAGGCAUUAUCUACCUGGAAAAAAACCGGACACGCCUUUGAUAACCAACCAACAUACAGGGAUAACCCCGGGAUACGAGACCAGGGAAUAAAGACAAACGUGCAAGGUGAAUGGUGGAUAGCAACAUUUGCGAACAAAUCCAAUCCACUUCUGAUGGGUGAUUACCCCAUCGGCACUCUUACUUCACCAAGCUUUCGUAUCAAAGGUUCCAAUAUAAACUUUCUACUUGGUGGUGGAUGCGACGCAGGUAAAAUACGAGUGGAACUUCUGGUGAACGGGAAAGUUCAACGCACAGCUUUUCCUGACAACUGCCGUGAUCGCAUGCGAAGAAAGUUCUGGAAUGUAGCCCAAUUCAAUGACAAAAUUGGUCAGAUACGGCUGGUUGAUGCAUCGAGAGAGGCACAUAUAAAUUUUGAUGACUUGAAGGGAGAUUUCAGUUGCGCCGGUAAGUGAACGUAUCAGUUUCUGGGAGAUUAUACCAGUAAUUGAUUUCACUAUAGGUUGCUCUCUGUUUGAUUAAAAAAGUACAAUUUUGAUCUGUUCGUUUUGAUCUGUUCGAUGUGAUCUGUUCGAUGUGAUCUGUUCGAUGUGAUCUGUUUGGUCACUGUCUUUUAUAACCCUGUAUUUUUAAACCAAAUUUCCCUGCCGGCAUGGACGCCGGAUACUUUAAUUUUUCAUUUCUUCAAGUCCUGUCUAGUGUUUGGCUUAGAUUGGAAGAGUGCUGAUUGGUCAGAGCUACUUAGCCUCAGAUCUUUAAGAAUGUGAUAAGUAUGAUGAGGAGAAAGUCAAACUUCAGGAAGAUCGAUGACUAAUCAACUUCUGAUAAUUAUCAAAAAGUAGUGAUAAAUACAUAAUUAGGCAAUAGUGGUAAUACACAGUUAACACAGAGACUAACGCUUUCUGUCUUAUAGAUGUGGGGAAGACUUUUUCAGACCUACACGAUGAUAAUUACGGUAGGUACCUUAUUCAGUUACUUUGCACUAAAAAUAUUCUCAUACACGCCUACAACUAUGAAUGCCACUCUUUUAUAGGAAACUCCUAAUAAGAAAAGUGUAUUUGAAAACAUAUAUUUUAUAGUAUCGCAACAUGAAUCAAACUGAUCAGUACUAUUUGAUCAUUGUUCAUAAUAUAGAGAAACAUUUUUUGAUAAAAACUCGAGUACAUAAACUUUUUCGAAACUACCAUUUAACCCUCAAUGUAAAGAAUCAAUCGAGCCCUUCAAAAGCGGCAGGCCUCUCUAAAAUUCCUUUCCUUUAAGAAGGGUGCGUGCCGAGCUGAGCAAGACCGCAUGUUCUUCAUUUUGAUAUCGAUGGUCAAAAUGGAAUCAGUCACCCAAACAUUGUUUGCCAAGCGGGCAUUGUCAUUUUGUGCUUUGCUUUUCCGUGAACUCAGCUCGGUGACCUGGGAGAGAUUGGAACACAUGAAUUAUUCCUAACCAUCCAGGAUGUAGCGGCCGAAAUAGAUGCAUGGGACGUUGUUGGCGUGUUAAAAUUUAUUUGGCUGAUAUUGAGACCAAAUCAAAUGAAUUGAAGGCUGUUCAACCAAGAAGCAGCGUUCUCUGCAAAUAACAUUAUCUUAAGUUCAGUCUCAUCUUGAGACAAGCGAUGAACCUGUUAGUCUUCGCCUGUAAUCUUCACUUAGAGGCAGCAAGUUUGAAAAGGUUACCACCUUUUCUGAUUUUCCUUGAAUGAAAAAUUUCACUACCUCGGAAGAAGGUUAAUUAGAGAACAGGAAGGGGACUGGGAAUAUACAAAACAGGACUUUCGGACUACGCGCAAUAUCCAGUCAACGGUCCACGUUUUUAAAAGGACGCAAGAACAUAGUGGUAUAUUUACUCUGGUAAAUCGAUUUAAAACAAGUCAAAAAAGACGGCGUUAUUCAUCCGUGUCAAUAUCCAGUCAACAGGGUCAGACACGACAAUCUCAGAAACACGAUCUUGAUUCAGGAGAUGCAAGGUUUUUAAAAGGACGCGGAAGAAGUAAACUGAUAAUUUUAAAGCAUGAAUGGAGCCGGCCAACCAAAAAUUUAUCUACAUAUUCUUCAACGAAGAAGGUUAAUUUAAAUUGAGCAUUGAUUAUGAAAUUAUAGUGAAUAGUGAGUAGUUUUUACCUUUUGCCAAAGGUGGUGAAGGUGAGUUUGUUCUUGUAGACGAGCCGUUGGACCCUGUACACUCAGUCAGUAGCGAUAAUAAGCCUCACGAUAAUGCGGUCAUUGGAACUGGUAUGUAACGCGUAACUAACUGAUAUACCACUUGUGGAAUUGGCAUAGCACAGCACCAUCAGAACGAAAGUAGCUCUUCUUCAAUUGUGGAGGGAGAUCUUAAAGUUGAUCAUAGAUUUCACCAAGCAACAUAUGCGGCUCAAAAAUAUAAUAUAUCAUGAUAUGAAAGAAAGAAGACCGAAAUAUAAGUGAAGUUCUUCAAUAAAUUGAUACUGAUAUAAAAAUGCUUCAAGUUUUUGUGCACAAACUGUUUUUAAUAAGCUGGGCAUAUUAGUCACAUUCAAUUUCUUUUAAACUUUUUUUAGCUCUGAAUAGUUCCGAAACUACAAAAAGCUAUGCAAUUGCAGUGAUGUUACACUUUCCUUGGAUGCUUUAUUCACAACAUUGUUUUAGAUUUAGACACCUUUAUAUCUAACUUUUCUCAGUAUUGUUAAAUCUCUUGCAGAUGACGAUUACAACACGAUGCAGUUGAAGCCAACGCAGAAACAUCAGGAUGAACCUAUAAAAAUCGGAAAAGGUCAGAUCGAGUUUAAGUGACAAAAUAAAUAAAAAUGAACAAAACAAAACAAACAAACAACAAAAUAAACACAAGAACGUACACGAGAACAAAACAAAAUAUAGAAUAUGAAACAAAACAGAACAAAUCAAAACAUUAAAAAGAAAACAGUGAAGGCCAGGCAAGCGCCAUACAACGUUUUUGUUUAGACAAUCGUUUCUUUAAAGCCAUUAGUACACGAUGAGCGUGUUAUAGAAGGAAAAUUCGAACUUACACUGGCAUGGCGAUUUAAAUGAAUCGUCAAAAGUGACUCUAAUUAAGGCUACAGAGGUAAGAAAAGUCUAAGUUUGUCUCACGCUCGAGACGAAAAAACAUUACUCUUCUUUCUUCCGCGUGAUCUCUUAUUACUUUAAAUCAUUCAUACUUAUAGGCAGGCCUCUUUAUAAAGGUUCGCUGGGAGCAGCAAGCAUUUUCGAUACUAAGACACCAUCUAAACCGCUGUCAAGACCUGUAUCUGCCUCUAAACUUUUGAUGGCUCCAAUUGCUAAGCCGGCCGAUAAACCAUCCUUCAGUGAUCUAAACAACAAGUCCGCUUUGCCCAAAGACGACGAAUUAAGGAAUCUCACCUGUAAGAAUGAGUUAACCGUGUCAUUGCCUUACCUAAGUGCUCAAAUUCAGUUAGAGAUUAGUUUAUAAGCCUCUUGGUGAUAAGCAAAUCCAGUUAAGAGUUGUUAGCCUGAGGACUCUCGAAGUUUUAAUUUUUUAAACUGUCGAUUAUUUUGUCCGUACUAUCCUUUCUCUAGGCAAGAACUUCAUCGUUGAAAUAAAAACUGGGCUACCAUGGGACAAUGAUUUCCUUUUUCCGUCAAAUGCUAACUACCAGGCGACUCGAAGAGCAACAGAACUCAAGGUAUGUGAAGUCUAGUAAAGGCUUUUCUAAUGCAGGGUCUCCUGCUUGCCGCUUCCUGCCUCUCUCUUCACUGUGGAUAGGAUUCCCAGUGGUCUGCUAUUCCUCGAUGAUACUCUGGAUGAAGAGAAGCUCUUAGGGAGUGAAUUGUCUUGCUAAAAAUAACGAAAUGACCCGAUUUGGCUCUAUCCCAGACCUCUUGAUCGAUAGCCUAGCUCGUUAAUCAAGAUCACAAGCUGCCGCUUGUCCCACACUGUAAUGCAAGCCUGAUAAAAAUGGUCUUUAUAUACAACUGCUUCUACAAUAGUUUAUUAAAAUAUAUCCCUGUAUAUCAGCCAAACGUGUGAUAUUGUUUUAGUGUAUGCUUAUAUUAUCUUUAUUCAAUUGAUAAUAACAAUAAUUUUCUUGUUGCCUCGCAGGUGCUAAGAGCAUUCGACGAAAAUAAAGACUUUAGAGGGGCUUUUUUUAACAAAUUUAGGUAAGUAAUGUAUCAUGAAGUUCAGUGCAGCUUCAAAUGAAGUCAGUGCACUGACUAACCUACUCUCGUUAAACCCUGACUUGUACAGGUGUAAAUUUGCAAACUAAAGCUGAAAGAUUACCGAUCAAUGUCUUUUACAGUUCUUCAGAGGAACCAAGUGGAGUAAAGGCUUAUUUUCUCCUACGAUUCAGAGCGAAUGGAAAAUUCAUUGGAAAACUGCUGGAUGGUCUUGGACCAGGAAAUGUUUCAGCAGCAGGUAACGCAAAUUCUAACUUAAAUUAUUUCUCGGUUUGUUGUCAACAAUACAUUCUAUGAUUCUCUUCAGGGAGUGUGCACAUUGAGUUAAUUUGAAAAGGUUUAUGAUGAUCGAACUAUUUUGAACAGACCUCUCGAUCCAUAACAAAAAUAAAAUAUGAAAGAGAUCUUGUUACAAGCCCAGAAUUUGAAAUGGUCCUCAAGGUAGUACAAAAUUCAGAGGGAGCGGAGAGUUUGUGCCUGAGAAAAUGUAUAAAAUGGUAUUCACGUCCGGUCCUAAUAUAAAGUGCAUCGGAUAGAUCCGUUUUAGAUCUUAAAUAACGUUAAAUGUCUCGUCAAAUUUAGGCUGUUAUCCAGAUACUCCAAUCACCCAAUGUCCCAGUUCCUGUCCAUCGACUUGUGCACCCACAUGUCUUCAUUCUUGUUGUCAACCGUCCGUUUCUGCCCCAGCCGCGCCUCAACCAGUUUAUCAGCCCGCUCCUGUACCCUUGCCUCCUCCACCUCCCCCGCCACCACAGCCUGUUGCAAUUAUGGCGCCCAGCCCUCAUGUUUAUCAACCUCCGCAGCGACAAUGGAAUAUACAAAUAACUGGCCAAGCCACCAUUCCCCCGCCACGAGCUCCGUAUCCGAUGUCACAGCCAUUGAGCUGGCCCGGUUCCCAAUGUUCUUCGAGGUGCUCUCCAAGCUGUGCACCAAUAUGCUCACCAAUCUGUUGCCAGUUUUAUAACUCUAAACGAAAUGAAGGUAUUAAAAAAACCUUAAAGAAAGAGGCUCUCCAGGAGGAGAAACAUUAGUAAGUCUUUGUCUGGCAUGUUUAGACGUGACGUAGGUAGACAAUAAUUAUUACAGUCACUCUUCUACUAGCUGACCAGUUUUCGAAGGCUAGCACCAUCUGUAGAGGACUUAAGGUAACGAGUCCCUUCCACAAAUCAAUUUUAGUUUCUCCCGCCUAAAUAAGCUAACGAUCUCUCUUAAGACGGCAUUUUUGUUACCAGAUUAAACUAUUUGUUAACGGACGUUCCGGAGUAAUUUUGUGGUACUAAAGAAAGAGUCGAACAAAAAAAAAAACUUGAUUCAAAAUAGAAACGUUUAAAUAGUUUUCCACAGAACAAUUAGUUUGUCGUCAACGUUGUGUUCAGAAUGCUCUGUUCGAUUCAUCAACCAAAAUUAACACUAACUAUUUGUUUCAUUACAAACUAAACUUAGCAUGGACACAAAAAAUUGAUUAGUGUGAACUGACUUAAGUGACUGCUCAAGAAGACUAAUCUCUUAGAUAUGGUUUCUCCUGUAAAUCAUAUAAAAUACAACUAGUAUGAUGGUUGUGGAGAUAAGCUCUCCUCGACAGCUGAAUGAGGAUGAGUCAUAUCUAAAUUAAAAUGACCUACGAGUGAUUCCCUUCGCAGUCACUAUGACUCGGGUGGGGAAUACUUGUUAAAUAGUGUUGUCUAUUGAUGUAGUUUUGACCAAAAUAAAUCUACCAGUCCAAAAGUUCACUAUCACUAUUCAACAGAGUCGACAUCACUCGUCAAUGAUCCUGUACAAACUAUACAGAUUUUAUCCAGCCUUAGAGCUCAAGAAUGGAAUUUAGCGAUUGUAGAAUUGUAUAGAUUGAGUAGUGAAAUAAAGUCAGAUUUCAACUGCC